GAGUGCCAUCCGACAAUACUGCCAGAUCAACAGGUCUCGUAGUAUUCACUUCAAUCCUUGCGUUCGAAAAUAUGCCACCCCAGCCGGGAAUGUUUGCUCUCCCGUACGCGUCCACUCACACUGCCCGCGCUGAUGUUUUACAGUCGAGCGAUAAUUUUGCCUUGGGCGUCACUUACCAGCACCAGUCUCAAUCACACCCUCAAGGCCCUCACCACCACCAUCACAAUGCAACCGCAGCAGGUUCGCGAUCAAGCGGUUUGCUGGACGAUCCGAAAGGGAAGAAAAGAAAAGACUUUGGUGGGAAGAUAGGUCCAAAUCUCGACACACGGGGCUUCGCUGAAUCAAUAUCCUCCCUCCACUCCACCUCUCUUCAACUCGCAACUAGACCAGAAACUCACCCACUAUAUGUACUCCGCCUUUACCCACUUUCUCUUGAGCGCUCUGCCCUACUUUCACAAAUUUCUGCCGAGGAAAAGCAUGCGUUGAGGAACGUGCAUGUUGCAUGGGCGGAAGAAAGGGAAAGGGUCGAAGAUGAAUGGAAGAGAGGGAGAGAAAGAAUACGAGAAAGACUAUUGGAAGGAAUUGAAGAACGGAGAAGACGGGCAAGAGAGGAGAAGGAAGGAGAAGGGACUGACUCAUCUCUAGACUCCCAAACACGCCCACAUAUUACUCGCAAGCUACGCAACAAGUUCCCAGGAAACUCACCGCCCCCUACUCCAGGCUCGCUAACUCCUGGCCUCGGUUUGGGCUUAGGGUUGGGAUCAUCAACUCCCAUAACCACCAAUAAUACAAACCCACAUUCUCUCUCAAUAGAUGAAUUACCAUCACCAUUCCCCCUCUCAUUAACUUCUGUUGUCUUGACAUCCGCCCAUUCUCAUUCACAUCACUCUCGCAGGCGAAUCAAACCAAGCGGAGCAGGGUUGCACCAUUCCAUGUCAGGAACCGGUGGAUUGGGUAAGAGUCUUGCCAUGCUGGCAGGGGGGAAGGAGGGUGAAAUCGAGGCUGACCUGGGAGAGAUUAGAAGAGCAAGUAAGAGGAAAAGAGGAGCCGCGCUCGUAAGUGGGGCGUGAAUUGAGCUUCGAAGUAAUCAAAGGGACCUUCCUCCUUAGUGGAUAAGGGAAGCUCAAGGACUCGACGGAUACAAGGGGACAUUGCAGAGGCACCUUGGGCUAUUUGGUUCACCCCGCAGCACUUAUUUAUUCUUACCUCGACUUUUUUUCUUUGCCUCUGUAAUCCGUCUAUGUACUAAAAUUAUAAAGCCUUCCACUCGCGU